GCUUCUGUUACCACUUGUACAGAGACGGUCUUGAGCCUUUCAGCUCGCGAGUUUUACAGUUCUGAGCCCCCUUUGCCUGCUUCUGUGUUGGCAGGACUGUAAUAUCGAUUCAGACGUCAACAAUGAGGCAUGACUUUAGGUGAAGUGCUGUGGUUCCUCUGUUUGUUUCUGUUUCUCCCCGCUCUGUCUGGGAGUACCAGCGUCCCACGGACAAGCGUCCCACAUCAGGAUGCUAAUCUAAUACUGUUCAGAGAUGAGGGGAUCUAUAAUUACACUACGUUGCUGCUGCGGGAGGACUUGGGUGUGCUGUUCCUAGGGGCUCGGGAUGCCGUCUACGCCCUAGAUAUAAAUGACAUUUCCAGGAAGACGGCAGAGCUUCCGUGGAGCGUCGCGGAGGAUGAACGGACGCAGUGCUGGCACAAAGGAAAGCAUUUUGAGACCGAAUGCAGAAACUACAUACGGGUCCUGCAGAAAGCGGACAAUGACAGAAUGUAUGUGUGCGGAACCAACGCGUUCAGUCCCACCUGUACUUACAUGACGUAUUCCGACGAACGACUGAAGCUGGAUGGAGAGCGGGACGCGGGCAAGGGAAGGUGCCCCUUCGACCCGUUCCAGAGGCACUCCUCCCUCACGCUCGACGGGGACCUGUACUCCGCCGGCGCCGUUAACUUCAUGGGCUUUGAUCUCGCUUUAAUGCGCACGCCCCUCCGCUCGCUGUCCACCAAUCCGACGCUGCGUACUUACGAAUCCACGUACACCCUCAACGAGCCCGUCUUUGUCCACAUGGACGUGGUUCGGGAGAGCGAAGGCAGCUUUGAGGGGGAUGACGACAAGGUCUACAUGUUCUUCAGCGAGAACGCAGUGGAGUACGACUUUCCCAGGGGGCUUGUGGUGUCACGCGUCGCCCGCGUUUGCAAGGGGGACUUGGGUGGACAUCGGAUGCUGAACAAGAGGUGGACGACAUUCUUGAAGGCCCAUCUUGAAUGCCUCGGCCCCAAGCCCAGCCUUCCCUACAUCAUCCAAGAUGUCUUCCUGCUUCAGCACAGCGACUGGAGAAAAAGCAUCUUCUACGGCGUGUUCUCCCCACAGGGCUCUUCGGACCUGUCGGCGGUGUGCGCGUACAGCGCGGCCGCCGUCCGAGACGUCUUCUCCAACGGGAGGUACACGGUGCCAAUCAGAGACACCGCUCCCGCGAGGUGGGCGACGGACUACGGAGACGCGCCCGACCCCCGCCCCGGAGCCUGCAUUAACGACGCUGUGAGGAAGCAGGGCAUCCAGAGCUCCAUGGGGCUGCCGGAUAAGACCCUGCAGUUUGUGCGGGACCGGCCCCUGAUGGACGAGGCCGUGCGGCCCCUGACGGGGGGGCCCCAGCUGGUGAAGAGGGGCCCGACGUUCACCCGCAUCGUUGUGGACCGCGUGACGGCACUGGACGGGCAGAGCUACGACGUCAUGUUCAUCGGCACAGAGAAUGGGUUUGUGCAGAAAGCUGUGAACUACGAUGGCGAGAUGUUCAUCAUCGAGGAGGUGCAGCUGCUUCCUGUCCCGGAGCCAAUCAAAACCCUCCGGCUCUCUCGCGUCACGGGCCAGCUGUACGCGGGAUCAGAGACCGCCGCGGUACAGAUGGCGUUGAGCGACUGCAGCCGCUACAGGUCCUGCCAGGACUGCGUGCUCGCCAGAGACCCCUACUGUGCGUGGAACGCCACUGCAGCUCUCUGCACCGCCGUGUCCAGCCGAGACUCAGACAGGAGCCUUAUUCAGAGUUUGAAAGAUGCAGUUGUCUCCAUGUGUCCAAACUUAGCGAGCGUGGAGCCCCAGAGCCAGACGCUGAUCCCGGGGAACAACAUCCUCCUGCAGUGCCGGCCCGACACCAACCUGGCCCAGGUGCUCUGGCUCUUUGACGGCCGGCCGCUGGGCCCCUCCGACGCCAAGUACUUCUUCUACCGCGAGGGCCUGAUCGUCCGCCACGCCGCCGCAGCCGACGCCGGCCUCUACACCUGCCAGUCCGUGGAGUGGGUCGGAGGGGCGCGGCACGCCAGGACCGCGGCGGCGUACCGGCUGCAGUUACCCUCUACAGAUGCCCCGCCCACAGGUGCCCUGCCCACAAAGGCCCCGCCAACAGGUGCCCUCCCAACACAUGCCCCGCCCACAGAGGCCCCGCCAACACACGCCCCGCCCACAGAGGCCCCGCCCACAGGGCCUCAGCAGGGGGAAGCGACAGCCCUGGAGGUGUCGGUGGCUGUGCUGUCCCUCCUGCUGGUGUCCCUGCUCCUCUUUAACGUUUGGCGAGGGCACCUCCCGCUGGCAGGCUGCCGGAAGGCUGUGCGCCGCUGUCGGCCCAAAGGUGCGCAGAUACGGCCGCUCGACAUGAAUACUCCCCCGGCAGCCCUGCCCGGCCACACGUUCCUCUCUCAGACCCCUGCAUUCAUUAACGUUCCGGAGUAGCCUUCGUGGACAAAAUAGAAAAAACAUAUAUAUUUUAAACUGUUAGUAGAAGGAAGGGAAUAAUAAUAAUUAA